GUGAGGCACUUGUUAGUGACCCGGUAUGUGUGAUAGGACAGUGAGUUUGAGGACCGCAGAGAGUGUGUUUCAGUUUGGUUUAACUGGAUGCUACUGGGGUUUUGAACACUUUUUGGCAUUGUCAUUGUGUGUCAUAUGUCAGGAGAGUUAGGUCAGCUUUCAAUAACUUUUGUGAAUGAGUAAGACUUCCUCGCAUUAACAAGACUGGGAUCCGCUGAUUGGCCGAGGGCUUUGCUGCCUUGCGAGAAAACUUCCUGUUUCCUCUAAGUGGACUUUGUGUUUCAUUGGGAGAGCACGCCAAGGAUGCAAGCGUAAUCCAGGAAAAAACACAUCCUAUUGUUUCUAAGGAUCACACGCGGAUCCGUAGCCCGCGCUUCUCAACGACAUUACGAAGAAACACACUACAGUAAAGCUGUAAGCUUCUGACUUGGUGCAACCAUGAGUGGGGGAGUGAAUGUAAAGAGUCUUCCACAAGCCCAAACGGGCUCCGGCAUCCCUCUGCACAGGACCAGACUCCCCUCCCCAAAACCUGAGCCCAAGAGGACCAGCAGUGGCCUUCCAAGACCAUCCACACAUGUCCCCAUUAGCAACAGAACCUCCUGUAGCAGCAGCCCUACAGCUGUCUCCUCCAGAGACGUGCUAAGGGAUACUACCCUCAGAAACCAGCAUCUGCUACUAAGAGGCAGUCCACCUAUUCAUCAUGCUUCCACUACUCCUCAAACACAGACCCAAGACUCUAGGUCAGCCCACAGCAGUCCACAAGUUCGACGAAAAGAGUCCCCACUUUGGAGGGGAACUAUAGAUGGGUCCAGGACUGAGAGUUUGCUUGACCUUCGGUCCAAUGGCAACAAAAACUUCCAGAGUGGAACCUUUGGUUCUCAGAUAGGACAAAUGGACAACGAAAACAGUUUGAUAUCAGAAGAACUCAUAUUCCAUGAGGAGAGCCCUGCUUCUGGAAGCAGUCAAAGCAAGACGGGAAUCCCUUCAUUCAGAUUUAGUAACAAAAACUUGAGGCCUUGUCCAGCAGCCACUAACGUAGAUGCAGGUUUCCUCAGAGUCCAUCAAGAGAGAGUGUCCCUGCAGAACAGUGCCUCCAGUAGUUUUUCAGAUGAGGAGAUGUGCACUCCAGAUGAUCUCAGUCCUGAGGUCCCACAGAAGCCAACCCCCGAGACAACUGCAGUCCCGAAACAGGAAACCUCUAGUGUUGAGAUGCUCAAAGCCAAACAGUUACCAAAGGUCAACAUGGCUGCUGUGGCACCGUUCAGAUACAGACUGCAGAUUCAGGAAGACAUAUCUCUGGAUGACUUCAGCGACUGUUCCUCUGACUCAAUAGAAGUCUGCUGUGAUGACCUCAAUACUGGAGGAAUGCUUGGGGGUAGCCCAAGAGGACAAGGAGUAGAUCUCGAGACUGAAACUGACAAAACGUCCAAAGCCAAGACCCCCCAGGGCCAGGCAGGAGCCAACGGAGUUGGGGGCAUGGCUGCAAAAAGGGGCAAGUCAGGGCUCCCACAGGCUACUCCUCGUGCUGAGCUAAAGGUCUACAGAGCGGGAAACUCAGAGGGUCGUCUUCCAGUACCUAGUAACCUGCGCAAGCAAAAGUCCUUGACCAAUUUAUGCGUGCUUACGGAUGCCGAGAAGAAGAUGCACCUGUACCAGCCCAAGUGGUCGGAUGACAUGGAAAAGCCAGGGUCAGGUCAGAACAAGUCCGACAAGCUCAAAGAUGCAGGAGGGGGUACAGGAAAGGGUAUUCCACUUUCCAAGAACCUUUCCAAAUCAGAGCAUUCACUGUUUCAGGGAAAACCAAAACCCUUUAUCCCACCUUCCAAACUGGACAAACCCAGUCGGAUACCAAAGAGUCCUUACGCUGAGGUCAAACCCAUCAGCAAGGCUCAAGAGCUGGCAGAUGACAGCAAGUCAGAUGAUGAGAUCUUGUCCAGCAAGGCUAAAGCUAAUGGUAAGAAAACUUUAAGUGGUACCUCAGGGGCAGCCACCCCAGGAGGGGGCAGAGGGGGCAAAGAUGCACCAGAACCAGAGGAAGGGGACAAGACCUUCCUAAAAGUGGACCCUGAACUGGUUGUAACAGUACUUGGGGACCUGGAGCAGCUUCUCUUCAGUCAGAUGUUGGAUCCCGAGUCCCAGAGGAAACGCACCGUUCAGAAUGUCCUCGACCUCCGGCAGAACCUGGAAGAUACCAUGUCCUGCUUACGGGGGUCACAGCUCACCCACAGCUGUAUUGAGAGCAGCAUGUGCUAUGACAGUGACGAGACUAACGCCCGCAGCAUCUCUAGUCUCUCCAACCGUUCCUCCCCUCUCUCCUGGCGCCAAGGCCAGUCCAGCCCUCGGCUGCAGGCUGGUGAUGCCCCCUCCUCCGGGGUCACCGCCCACUCACUGCCCAUCCGAGCAACAACGCAGAUCAGCCACCUGCAGCACAUCCAGCUCAUCGAGGGCCUGGACGCCGCAGACGAUGACCUGGCCGACCUCAAGUCUGAUUACCUCAGCGACGUCAACCUGACGGGCAAGAGCCAACCAGAAGAUGAAGAUGACGAUGAUGAUGACAUUGAUGUAGACGUUGAUGAUGAUGACCUAGUCAAUGGUUGGGAUGAAAGCAGCUCCAUCAGCAGCGGUUUGAGUGACGGAUCAGACAACCUCAGCUCAGAGGAGUUCAACGCAGGCUCCUCCCUCAACUCCCUGCCAACAACUCCCAUUGGCUCCCGACGAAACUCCGCCAUUGUGCUGCGCACCGAUGCUGAGAAGCGCUCACUAGUUGAAAGUGGUCUUUCCUGGUACAGCGAGGAGGGGAAGGCUCAGUGCCGGAAUGAGGGAGGAUAUGACACGGGGAGCCUUAAGACGGAGUCAUCCAGCAAAUGGAAAAAAAGCAGAUCUCAGGAUGACACGGGAGUCAAGAGUGAGCUGAGGAAACCGCAGACGCUUGGCCACCCACCCAGCGGACUGAAGAAGAGCCGGAACCCUCCUGUAGGCGUGACCUCCCCCAUCACACACACCUCACAGAGCAUGCUCAAAGUGCCAGGAGUUGCAAAGAACGAUCAGCGAGUCGUGGAUAAAGCCAAAAUGGCAGUGAAAACAUCAGGCUUACAGCGCUCCAGUUCGGAUGCAGGGAAAGAUCGUGGCGAGCACAGAAAACCUCCCUCCGGUCUCGUCCGUCCCUCCGCCGGCACGGUUAAUUCCUUCGGUUACAAGAAAACCGUUCCAACUACCGGCACCGCCACUGUGCUAACAACUAGUGGAAACACCGUCUCCGAAAACUCUGCCAUUGUCAACAAAACUCCUAAAACCUCUGGUAUCCCAGUGAAACCCUCUGCCGGUGGGGUAGGUGGAGGACGCAAGACCAGUCUUGAUGUGUCGAACUGUGAUCAAGGUUUCAUGGCUCCGAACGCACGCAACAACAUCCAGUAUCGUAGUCUCCCAAGACCCGCCAAGUCCAGCACUUUGAGUCUGACGGGAGGACGGCCGGGAGCUCGUCCCGUCAGCAGCAACAUGGACGCUGGUCUGCAGGGCCUAAAAACAGUGCCCGCCCCGUCCAGACUGAAGGAACCAGGCAGUGCAAAGAGCUCCCAUAGGGCCAGUACAGGAGGGUGUGCUCCAGUCAACCAGACGGACCGGGAGAAGGAGAAGGCCAAAGCCAAGGCAGUGGUGUCUGAUUCUGAGUGUGGUGGAGGCGUCCCGCUAAAGAACGGCACAUUGACACCAACACAGAGCGCGCUGGACCCUCCUUCCAAAUUACUAGGGCUCCGGCAGCCAUCCAGCCUGGGCAAAUAUUCAGAGCUGCCCUCUCCCAACUCUCAGAGGCCCUCCAGUGCCAGAUCUCUGCCCAAACCGGCUCACCUGGACAAGAUCAACUCCAACAGCCUGGACUGUGGGAUAGUCGACGUGGAGGACCAGCUUCCUCCCAAAGUGCCACCCUUCUCCAAAUUACAAGAACUAUCAGGAAUUAGCAGCACAAGCUGUCUGACGCCCAGUCCGGCUCCCAUCCUCAACGUCAACUCCUCUGAGUGUUUCUCCAGUGCCACGGUGGGCCGAGGGGGCAGCGCUGGCGGCUCUCCCUCGCUCUUCCCCCGCCUCUCUGGCCUGCACCGUAGCAUGGAGUCCCUGUCUCUGCAGAUGAGUGUGUCUCCAGCAGGGGGCAGCAUGACGGAGCCCAGGCCCAGACAUGAGGACAGAGGGACAGAUGGUGGCUGGUCGACAGGAAGCAAAGUUUCGCUCACGCUCACCACAGACAGCUCACAAAGGGACAGAAAUACUCUCCCAAAGAAAGGCUUAAGCCAGCACAUGUCCUCGCAGUCUGAGGAGGACAGUAAAGAGAGACGUCACUCGCACACUAUAGUGAGCCUGACUGAGACCGACAGCCCGCCGCAGUUCCCUUCACCCAGACUGACAGGAAAAACACCACUGACGAGCAUCAUAGCACCCAGCUCCACCUCAGGAACGCCAAGAAUGACACGAUCCAACAGCAUCCCCGCUCACGAGGCCAGUUUUGAGCUGUACCAGGCCUCUCCGCUGGGCAGCACCUUAUCGCUCGCCGAGCGGCCCAAGAGCAUGAUCCGAUCCGGCUCCUUCAGAGACAGAGACGCCGGCGAUGACGUUCAUGGCUCAGUGCUCUCACUGGUGUCCAAUGCCUCCUCCAGCUACUCCUCAGCGGAGGAGAGAAUACAGGGCGAGCAAAUCCGCAAGCUGAGGAGGGAGCUGGAGUCUUCCCAGGAGAAGGUGGCCAAUCUGACCUCACAGCUGUCUGCUAAUUCCAACCUGGUGGCAGCGUUUGAGCAGAGUCUGGCGCUCAUGACCUCUCGACUCCAGAGCCUCUCCGUCAGCGCCGUGCAGAAGGACAGUGAAUUACUGGACCUUAGAGAAACAAUCGAGAGCCUAAAGACCAAGAACAUGGAGGCGCAAGCCGUCAUCCAAGUCGCACUCAAUAACCCAGAUGUUGCCCCCAAAGAGUUGCGGAUGAGGAGGCAGAACUCAUCCGAGAGCAUCUCUAGUCUGAACAGUAUUACCAGUCACUCCAGUGUGGGCAGCUUGAAAGACGACGCCAAGAAGAAGAAGAAAAAGAGCUGGUUACGAAGUUCUUUUGGCAAGGCGUUCAGCAUUAAGAAGGGCGCUAAAGGUGGCUCCAUGUACUCUGAUAUUGAAGAGAUCGCCACUCCAGAUUCUUCUGCACCCAACUCACCAAAACUGGGUCAUGAAGAGGGAGAGAACCCGCCCGCUUCCCUCGCAUCCAGCCAAUCAGCCACGUCCUCUGUGAUCCAGGAAAGCAACGAGGAAAACGAUGGCGAUGAGAAGAUGGUGUCAGAGCUGCGGUCUGAGCUGUGGGAGAAAGAGAUGAAACUGACAGACAUUCGGCUAGAAGCGCUGAACUCAGCUCACCAGCUGGAGCAGCUACAAGAGACCAUGAACAACAUGCAGAGUAUGGUGGAGAACCUGAAGGCAGAGAACGAUCAGCUGAAAACAGGAAGUGCCCCAUCAUCCCUUGUCCUUCCGUGCACCCCACCUUCUACUUCCACCUCCCAACCGUCCGGUCUGGCCAGCCUCCUGAACUGCAACCAAACCAAACCAGCCAUGAGCCUCACCAAGUCCUUCAGCCUCAGCCUCAAUGAGUGCUCCAACACUGACAUUGCUCCUAUGGAGUUACUGAGCUUUUCAUCUCAGAGGAAUGAGGUCUUUACGCGUGUGGUGGUCCGUAUAGCUGACCAGCAAGUGUCCAGAGAGCAGGUGAGGCAGCAGGAUUUCUACAUCGGCUCUGUGAGGAUUCAUGGGAAAACCGAAUGGUCUAUGUUAGACACGGACAUCUCCACAGUUUUCAGGAACUAUAUUUCGCAGGUGGAUCCCAGUGCGAGUAUGGGACUGUCUGUCGACUCUAUCCACAGUUACAGUAUUGAUCAGAGCAGGAGGGUGCUUGGAGACGAAGUCCCAGAAAGUUCCCCCUGUGACUGUUUAAAAAAGGGUCCUGGAUUUGUCACUGUUGCCCUCAAAGGCUUUAAGGAGAAGUGUGUGGACAGUCUGGUGUUUGAGACGCUCAUCCCCAAGCCCAUGAUGCAACACUACAUAAGUCUGCUUCUGAAGCACCGGCGGCUGGUCCUGUCGGGCCCGAGCGGCACGGGGAAGACCUACCUCAACACCCGACUGGCUGAGUACCUGCUGGAGAGGAGCGGCCGUGACCCCGGCCCUGGCCUUAUCACCACCUUCAACAUGCACCAACAGACCUGCAAGGACCUCCAGCUGUACCUGUCUAAUCUGGCCAAUCAGAUUGACCGAGAUUGUGGCACUGAGGACAUUCCAUUGGUCAUUAUCUUGGACGAUAUCAGUGACGCGUCUUCCAUCACUGACCUGGUCAAUAGUGCACUGACCUGCAAAUAUCACAAAUGUCCUUACGUCAUUGGAACCACCAAUCAGUCUGUUAAGAUGUCAUCCAACCAUGGCCUGCAUCUCAGCUUCAGAAUGGUCACCUUCUCCAACAACGUGGAGCCUGCAAAUGGUUUCCUAGUGCGUUACUUGCACAGGAAGUUGAUCGAGGCGGAGGACGAAAGCACAGUUCACAGUGCUGAGGUGCUGAGGGUUCUGGACUGGGUGCCUAAACUCUGGUACCAUCUCCAUACCUUCCUGGAGAAACACAGCACCUCUGACUUCCUCAUAGGUCCCUGCUUCUUCUUGUCUUGCCCAGUAUCAUUAGCAGAGUUUCGCUCCUGGUUUAUUGACCUCUGGAACCAGUCUAUUAUUCCUUAUCUUCAGGAGGGAGCUAAGGAUGGUGUGAAGGUCCAUGGUCAGAAAUCAGCGUGGGAGGAUCCAGUGGAGUGGGUGAGGGAUACGCUGCCUUGGCCUUCAGCUCAACAAGACCAGGCCAAACUCUUUCACCUCCCUCCGCCAACCAAUGGCCCCAAUUCUGCUCCAACACAGCAGCCUAGUGACGACAGGGACACAUCCAACAGGGACACGUCUCUGUCCACAAUGGAGUCUGAUCCACUGAUGGCAAUGCUGCUGAAACUCCAGGAGUCUGCCAACUACAUCGAAUCGCCCGAACGGGACAUUUCUGGCAACCCCACUUUCUAGGCUGAGCUAUAAGACUCGUGAGCUUACUAAUGGCUAGUGCUGUUCUGUACAGCUGAUUUGCACCUCCUGUCUCCUUCAAAAGGCUUGGGAGAGUCGAGAAGAGAAACUCAAGAAACAUCCAUGUCAAGGCAGACAAAACUCUUAAGUCUGAAAGAAAAGCAGAAGAACCGAUCCUGCCAGAUCUGAGCGAGAAUCUUUUUUGCACUGUUGUCUUAACCGGUCCUUCCUUUGCUUAUUUAACCUGCAAGUGGCAUGGCAAUACUUGCACCUGGGGAUUGUGAAGAUUGGACGAUUGUGAAGAUGAAAUGUUCUUGUCUACCAUACUGAGAACAAAAUGUGCUCCACAGUUGUUUGCUAUUACUUUCGCUUUGAGUAAUAUCUGACCAUAUGGACCAAAAAAUCUAUUUAUUCUUGUUUGAAAAAGUACCGAAACUCCAUCCUCAAGAUCAAGUCGCCUGAACCCUGUACACAAGGUGCGGUCACAUUUAGACCAUCUCGCAUGGAUGCAAAAUGUAAUGUACAAGAUGGUGCUUAGAAAAUUCAGCCUUAAAUGAUGUCCCUCCAUAUAUCAUAAAUUCAGUUCCAUAGCAAUCCGAAUAUUACUCUAUAUUACCUCACAGUUUGCACAGUGAUGCAGUUUUAAGGUGCAGUACAUACCCAUAACACGGUUGCAUUCAUUCCUAUCAAACACGCAGACAUCAGACAGAUGUCUACUGUAGAUCUCUAAGAGGAUGCACAUUGAUUCGUAGCUUUCAAUCAAGAGCACUGACUGGUUGUUCAAGAUUUGUAGGUUGCUUGCUCCAAUGGAGAGUUGAAGCAACAAAACAACCAGAAGAUGUGAGACUUUGAGGCGACAUGAGUCAUAGAGACUGUUGGCGAUGGAUAAAGUUCAAUUAUAUGCAAAUGUCUACCUAAUGGGAGAACAGAUAAUGAAGCUCAUGUGAUCUGCUGCAUGACAUUGUUUAAAAAAGUUGCUGGAUUAAGGUGGCACUUGAAGAUGCAGCAAAGCUGGGAAUGACUGCAGGAGGGUUCGUGUGAUCCCACGCCUGAUACAGUCGGAGGGCGACCUCAGGUGAAUAAAUAGCUGUCAGUUAUAACAAAGGUGCUGUUACCGGUGAAUGGGAACAGUAUGCAUAAAUUAUGUGUGUCCAGUGCUUUUGACCUUGAAGUACAGAUAUACUUAAUUUUCCAUGUUUCGCUCCAUCUCACACACCAUUGUGCAUUCAAGCCCUUUAAAUUAAACUUAAGCUGUUAGUUUCGUGAUCAUGGGAAUGUCCUAGUGGGCCUUCAAGCACUCAAAUAUCUUGCUCAGUCGCUUUUGUCCAUGCACAAGUCCAUGGCAUGCACAAAAAAACGGGCUGCACACAGAUGUUGUGCUCAGACAAGAAUUGCUUAACGUGGACUGUGCGAGCCGGAGCUGAACAUGGGCAAGGAAAGUAUAUUUUCAUCUUUAGAUCCAGUACCCAAGGUGCUCAUAGAUCAUCAGGAUAAUCAAAGGCUUUGUUCGCACUGACACCCCAAACCCAGUUCACUUGGCUUUGUACUGAUGUAGCAACUAAUGUAGGUCCUGUUUCCAUCUGGUAUUGACGUGUUUCAAAUGCAUCUCGUUUCUCCCCUUUUAUUUUGGGAUACUCAACAUCUUUUUGAAGAGUCCCAAGUGCGUCACACAAAUACAAUUAAAAGGAAUUGAAAAGGAAUUGAAAGUAAAUGAAAAAGAUACAGAUUUUAGCUGCCAACACCACAAAAUUUGAAUUAUUUUGGUGCACCUUCUCUCAACACGUCUCAGAACAAUCAGGUGUUAUUUGAGCAGGUGGUAAGAAGGUGAUGCUUCACUUCAGUUCGGAGCACAUCCAGGACAAAUAAGGAUUCAUAUUAUUAAUGCGAUGUGGUCACAUGCAUUUUUGACUACCUCUGUAUGUGGUUUCAGUGAUCCGAUCACAGUUUUAGACCAUGUUUACACCUGCAUUUAGAGCCUAACACUUGAUCGGAUCAAGGUGGAAACAGGACUGUAAAUAUACUGGAUAUUGGCUCCACUGCCUGAACAAACUAAGCCAAUUUGAGCUCCUGCAAAAUAAGAUCAGAAUUGUUUUCAGUGUGAACAAAGCCAGGAUGGUUUAAACAAUUUGUUUUGUCUGGAGGAGGUUUAGCAAUUUAUGUUUGGCCUUUGUUAUGUCUAGAGUUUCAAAGCAAAAUCACAUCAAUGUUAGCUCAUGGUUUUACACACACUUAUAUCCUUUGGUCUUCUGUAACAAUGUAGCCAGUUUUGGAAUUACGUUUUAUUAUUAUUAUUAUUAUUAUUUCUGGUAAUUUUAAGUCACAGGAUGACCCCAUGUCAGGGUCUUUUACAAACUCUCAAAUCAUUCCAGGAACAACUAUGAUUAUGACACAAUAUCUUGAAAUUCAGCACACCCUAAAAAAUAUCAAUGGUGGAUUGUAACUCAUUAACAUGUUUGCUAUUGGCUGAUUACAGGUGCUCCAGAACUGUAUUUGCAUGAAAGCUUUACCUGAGGAAAAUUUUAGCUAAAAAAGGCACCUUAUCAUGAGACGCAUGUGUUGGCAACCAGUCUACAAGAGCAAAGUGUUCUUUUUCAUAAAUUACCAAAUUGAAACUGAAUUUCUCUUUUACAUGUACUAACCAGUUAGCACUAUAGCAAUGUCAGAUGAAAUGUAAUCUGAGAAUGAAUUCAGUUUGCCAACACACCUAGUGCUGUUGAUGAUGCUUGCUAAAUCUUGUGCUCGUGUUAUACGUGUCCUGUUACCGUCAGAUGUAGCUCUCCAGAUGAAUAACCAGAGGAACAUUUUUUAAAGGUCUUUUUCUAUGUUUGUUUGUUUUUUACUAAAUAAUCUGAUUCUGACACUUGUAAAUAGAUUUGCAGAAAAAAAGCAAAAAAAAACCCAACAAAAAGAUCUAUGGUAGAACAAACAAGGAUAAAAUAUAACAACUACUGUAGAAACUGAAUGUGUCUGGUUAGAUAUACAUUACAGCAAGGAUCGCAGUCAUCUCUCACUUAUCGCCUUUCCCGUAGAGGCAAGUUAACUGCCACAAAGUAACUAGAUCUGUAUCCGUUGGUCACUAUAAAAGUGUCCUCUGGAUUCUCUUCCGGAUCGUACAAGGUAUUGAAUGGCUUUUACGAUUGAGUUGGACAUAACAACCCAUAAAAAAAAACAGUAAAAAAUAAAUAAAUAAGUGGCAGCAGUGCUUCAAAUCACACAAGUACCUCAAAAUCUGUUUUAACAGCUCAUCAUAUGAUCAUAAACUUCCCUUAAUUGCUUAAGGAUAGUUUCGGGCUUUGGGGACGGUUCCCCGGUGUUUGUCAUGAAAAUGUGCCUGAUAUAAGCCAACUCGUUGGACAUUGCAAUACCUAAACUAUUACGUUUUGCAAGGGAUUGUUUGCUGUGGUGGAUAAGUAUGCGAGCGAACGUGUUAUCCUUUUUUAUGCUAGCUUAUAAAAUAACUUUGAGAUCUGAGCUCGCCGGUCGUCUCGUUUCCAGAUGUCCUGGAAAUUUGAGGCUGCUUUAGCUAGCAUAAACUAAAGCCAUUUCCCACCGUCUCUUCUCAUCUCACAGAUAUAUUUGCCAUCAUAAUACAGUGUGCUUUAUCAUAUCUGCUGUCUUGCAUAUGAACUGAUACAGUUUGAACCUAAAAUGAGUGUCUAUCUAAGUUUCGAUUAAGUUAUUCAUUAUUUGUAUUGUUUUACGACUAAAAACGCUGAAUGUUCAAGCACAAUAAUUAUACAAAACCUGUGCUUUGUAAACUUGUUUUUUUUUUCACUCAUUUUAGAUGAAACCGGUUCAAUAUUGUUUUACUCAAAACAGAUUGAUUUGUCACUAUGCAUCAUGAAUAACAUUGUAGAGUUGAGUUGUUAGUACCAAUGACAGAAAACAGUGGUAUAUGUGAUAAGCUAAUGUGCAGGUUUGAUAAUGUUUUAAUGGAAAAACACCUUGGACCUAUUUUAAACAAAUACUAUGUUUUUCUUUCUCUUCUUCUUCCUCAUUUUUUUCCUUGCUUUCUUUAAGAAAUCGUUCUAUUUUGUAUAGAACAUUGCAAUUGUAAACAUUGUAAAUAGUGAACUCAUCUGCGACCACAAUCACAGUAAAAUAUGAAAAUGUCUGGCCCUAUUAUGAGACACCUUUUGUUAUUGUUCGUUUUUCUAAUUUUUUGCAAACUGUCUGCUGGGAAGGGGUUAUAAAGGCAUGUGCUGAUCUGAGAGAAUUUCUUCCAUCAAAUGUUCACUCACGUUUCCAAUAAACUUGUGCCAUCCCUA